AGGCACAGCCAGUAGCUCCCAGGCAGUGAGACCGCGCGUAACGAUGUAUAACCGGCAUCCGUGCGUCCCACGACGUUAUGUCAUAGAUGACAAUCCUUCUACGUGAAAUUUUUAAUACGUCUUUCAUAUCGGAACUCAAGGUCAAGGAUAACGUAUACAAAAGGAUUUGAAAAAGACGUAUUUAGGACCUUUCACGGCAAUUACUUGGGUAUUUAGUACCUGGUAUUAUUCAGUGUCGAGCUAGGUUUCUUUCUAUUACCUACACCGUAGGAAGAAGAAGAGGAAGAAGAGCUUGGGCUGAGGUGAAUUGGUCGAACACAGUGCUGCCAGUUGCAAGCUCUUUCUCUCUCUCUCUCUCUCUCUCUCUCUCUCUCUCUCUCUCUCUCUCUAUCUGUCUGUCCCUCUCUUUCUCUUUCUAUCUAUCUCUAUCUCUCUCGUUCGCUCUCGCUCCAUCUAUCUAUCUCUCUCAGCGGAGUCGACGCCGAAAGCUCGAUGCAAAUCGACGCCGUUGAAUCUCUUCGAUGAAGAUCGACGUUAGCGUCGGUGGUUUUCCUUCUCUCUAUUUCCCCUCUCUGUGUCUACGUGUCACGGUUCGAUAGCCAGAUGAACGUCGCCGACCCCAGCAGCAUCAUCAGCGUUGGCGUGUACCUGGAGAGUAUAGGAAGUACGUCCUCUGAAACGGUCGACCGCUCUGCUGCCGGAUGUCAACGAACUCCUCGUAGAGAAGAAGCUUUCUCGUGCAUAGCAGAGAAAGAGUUGGAUCGUUACGACGAAGCUAAAGCGAUUCCUAAUUUUUUCGAUGGGGACGAUAGUUUCGGUAACACGACGAUACGAUCUUCCUCGAUAUCAUCGCAGCUACGAAAGAGCUGAUUCGAUCAAAAAUCAAUGAUCGGUCAUUGACUUUCGCACAUGCGGCUUUCGAUGUCCCUGAACGCCGAACGAUUGGUACGAGAAGUGUAAAUCGAUGUCCAGCUGACGGAUGCGCGCGAUGCGAUUGGUGAACGAAUGUCAUCGUUCGAAGCUACAAACAAGUACGUUUACCAAGUACGCGAUAUGCGACGAUCUAAACUCUUAUGAUACGUAUUUGAUGCGAUAGAUGUCCUCUGAUAAUAAGAACUCUUCGAGGAAGAUUUCCACGUAAGGUUGUGCAACGUUGAAACUCUGACGGUUGCCGGAUUAAGCAAAGAGACAGGUUCGAAGUGGCUGCAAAAGUGCAUCGGGAAUAGGAACACAGUGCGAUUAUCUUUCGAAGAAAAGAGAAAGAGAGAGGGAGAGAAAGAGAAAAAGAAAGAAAGAGAUUAGACCAGACGCAAGCGAUUUUAAAACAAGGCUAAUAACGGUAGAAUACUGGUGAGUUUUAGUCAACAUUUGCUGGACGAGUGGCGGGGUAACCACCGUUCUUUGCAUGGAGUGAUGAGCGGGGCCCCUGCACGGGGCACAGUGCCCCGACGUCAAAGACGCCAUCAUCAUCAUCAUCACCAUCAUCAUCACCAUCAUCAUCAUCAGAAACAUCAAAAACACGCUCGAAAGGAGCCUUCCGAGGAACCGGAAGAGAAACGACCAAAGGUCAACCCGAUAUUCCUCUGGGCCUCUCAAAGAGAACAGAGGAUAGUCGAGGUUAGAUGCGAGGAUUACGACAAGAGAAAUCGUAUAAAAUUAACGAAAACCGCGCAAGGAUGGCGUUCGAUACCGAGAACGACAUCCAACAUGUAUUCCACCGGUCUUGGUACGAAUCAAGAAAAGAAGACGACACCGGCGUGUACGUCUUCGAGUUCGAGCUUGAACGAAGAGAAAGAAAAUGGCGAGGCCGUAAUCGCAACUAUCAGAAAUAAUAAUUUAAUCGAUAAGGAAACGAUCGGUAAGAAACGCAGGUACGAAGAUUUUUUGAACGACGAGAAAUAUUCGCAGGAUUAUUUCCCAUUGGAUAAUCUCCAAAAUGGAGUCCGAGUUAUGGCGGAAUGGGAUAGGGAUCGAAGAAGAGCCUCUUGUUCGGAGGAGGAUGAGAGCGACGAGGAGGAUGACAACGAAGACGAUGAGAGAAAAAGGGACGACUCCUUCGCGUUGGACACUACGAAGGAUUGUCAAAAGGAGAACGAUAAAAACGAAAUCGAAAAAUUGCAAAAAGAUGUACACUAUCAGCCGCGAGUGGUCCUAGAACAUCUCCACUUAUCUCAGCUACCUGAUCAUCACCAUCGUAUUCUAUUAGAAACGAGUGAUAAGAUCAUUGCCGAUGACAAGGAUAUCGGUGAUAGUUACAACGAUGAUGAGAAGGACAGAGAAGAGGACGAAAAUCCGAAUAACGAAAGAGGAAAUGAAGAUAUCGGUGAGGAAGAUGAGGAUGAGGAUGACGACAACGACGACGACGACGACGAUGACGACGACGACGAUGACGACGACGACGACGAAGACGAAGACGACGACGAGGAGGAGGAGGAAGAAGAGGAGGAGGUGGAGGAGGAAGCGGAGGAAGAAGAGAUUAAUGACGAUAGCAAAAAAUGUCGAGGAAAUAAGGAGGGUAUUCAAGACAUAUUAAAUAUGAUAGAUGCCACAGCCUCACCCGUUUUAGCAACCGACACGCCCAGUGCCGACUUACCAAUGCACUCCACGAAAACUUUCGAAUUAGUUUUGAGCGAGAACGUAUAUCAAAAGAAGAUUAGCGAUAAGAAGAGCAAAGACUUGGAUCCUGCCUUACCUAGUGCGGUAAAGGGUAAAUCAAGGACAGACUUUAUAUCCAAUUAUCAAAAGGAAAAUGUUGAGAAUAAUGAUAAUAUUAAUGAUUGUGAUCAGUUGGAGGUACACGAGGAAAAGAUACUCGAACGUUGUAAUCCGAGCAUCGACGAAAGAAAGAAUCACGUAUCGAAGGAGCCUACUUUCGCCGCUUGCAAGAAUAAUGUCGAUAUGAAAUCUUGCAAAGUGGUAGAAGCUGACGGUGGUAUCAGUCGUUCCAAGUCCGAAGCAAAUCCUAUUCACAAAUGGAAAAACAACGUAGCUAUGAACGUAUCCGAAAUAGAUGAGGAAGCACCCGACGAACCAACGAAGAUUGAUUACAGUAGCAGUUCAAAGAUUUUGAAAGCUCUCAGAAAUACUCCAGGACUUUCGGUUUCCAUCACGACUGCUCAUCCCCAAGAGGGAACGAAAAAUUUAAUCGCACCUUCCUCCAGGCCGUCUUCGAAAAGUUCUUCGUCGAGCAGAUCCCCCGAUUCUCAAGCAGAAAACGUAGAAAGACUUUUGAAAGGUUCCAUGAUCGAUUACUCGUCAACGAGAUCGUUCGAUGUCCGUGGUCAAGCAUUGAAUUUACCUCGAAAUCUUCCUGGCUUAUCGAUCGUCAUACCGAAUUAUCGUUAUCGCAACGUAUCCAAUUCGCAAUCAACCACGAAUUCGACGUCUCCGAAAACGAAGGACAGGGUGGAAUCGCCAGAAAGUACGGUCAAUUUUCCAAAAGCUGACUUCCCACACGAGGAGGAGGAAGAGAGGGAUCUCGAGGACGACGAAGAUGAUUGCGAUUCUCAAGUCUUAGAGGAUCUUAGAAGACAAAAAGCUGAUUCUUUAGCUUACGAUAGCGUCGAUAGUGGCUGUUUUCGUAGAUCGAAUUCUAGGAAUAAUCAAGACGAUAGAAACACUCCUAUAGAAAGUAUUAAGGAUCGUACGGACAGUGGAUGGAAUAGUUCCGGUCGAAGUAGCGAAGCUCAAGCAAAGUGUAAGUAUCAGGACAUGGAACACUUUGACGAGCAGGUCCUCGAGGAACUUAGAUCUCGCGGUACCGUCGUUUCGCCCCAACCUAGUGGUAUCCCAUGUUCGCCUGCCUCCAAAAGGCCUUCCUCGGCGUACUUGGAAAGACUAUUACCUAGCCCACCUUGUUCGGUGUCCUGUUCGGAGGAUGCCAAGAACGAUUUGACUUUAAAGGGUAUCUUAUCGUCUCCAAGUUGUCUGGAGAAUAAAGAUUAUGAUAAGAACAGGGAAACUACGUCGAAUCGAUCCGAGCCUGGAUCCAACGAAUAUAUGACUAAUCGAUCGGACUAUUCCAAAGAUAACGAAAGAUCCAACGGUAGUACGCGUAGAACGGUACGAACCUUCCACGAACAUCCGAACGUUCAGAACCAAGAGAUAAAGAAUACAGGAAGACCGAUGUCGAGCGGUGAUAUCCAUAGUACUUUCUUCGUAAACGAUCGUACUGCGGUGAAAAAGCCAAUGUCGGCCGAAUGGACGAUUAAUCGGUUAAGAAAACAGGCAGGUUAUCAUAAAAUUUUAGUACGAUCCAGAAUGCAAUCGGCUGAAUAUCAAGAAGCUUACGCGACGUCGACUAGCACUGACAAACUCUUGGACCCAGCCAGUCAACUCAGAGAGCUGAUAGAAACGUCCGGUCACUUAAUACCUGAUCCCCUUUUAGUACCGCGCGAUUAUCUUCCAGCUUUGGCCGCAGCACCGGCUACUGAAAUUCCAAAACUUUUAACCUCGAGACCGGAAUUAAGAUUACCAGAAGCGUUAACGAGGCCGGAUCUAUUAAGAGAUCCAGAUUUAUUAGUGAUAUCUUUGACUCAUCUACAACACGUGCUCGAUCACGGAGAAGGUCCUGUCUCCAGGUCACGACAAGUCCAAUCCAGGAUCGGCAAUGGCGUUAACAAAGGAUCGAGUCACGCUAACAACAACGGUACCAGGAACGGUACGCAAAUAAGGCCCAAGCUUAGUUGCAAGCCUAUCGGCACACUGAUGCCGGCGCCCAUCGAUCUCUCUAGCAAUCGCCGCUCCAGCCCUUAUCCGCCAUUACUCAGGGUACGAACUGGAUUGCUCAAACAGGAGCCGGAAGUAAGUUCGACAGCGAGUUCGCCGGAUGAUUCGCAACUUUGGCAUCCCCUUUUUGGCAGCGAGGACGACGCUUUGCAGCGAGGAGGAUCGAUCGAGGUAGCGUUGCUCCGCACGUGCGCAGAUCACGUUCUCUCGCAUGCUGAGGCCACCACGUCACUCCUCGCCGAGUCAAAAGAGGCAACAUCAGCAACACCAGCAACAACAUCAGCAACAUCAGCAUCAGUAUCAGCAUCAGCUUCCACAUCAAAACUCUCAUCAGAAUCAGAAUCAGAAUCAGAAUCAGAAUCAGAAUCAGAAUCAGAAUCAGAAUCAGAAUCAGAAUCAGAAUCAGCAUCAACAUCAGCAUCAGAAUCAUCAUCAGCAUCAGCAUCAGAAUCAUCAUCAGCAUCAGCAUCAGCAUCAACAUCAGCAUCAACAUCAACAACAUCAGCAUCAGCAUGCCUCUUGAGAAAAGAAUUUAAAUUUAUUUACAUUAAAAUGGCAGAAACUAGUACAGAAAGUACCGCAAAAAUUAGGAAAGUAGUAGAUGCUGAAGAAACUAUAAAUGCAAACGCUAUGUGUUUAGUGAAUAAAGAAACAAAGUCUAACGAAGAAGAACCAGAACAAAUAUCAUCUUUAGAAGAAAAUGAUAAUAACGAGAAAUCUUCAAAUUCCACUGAUGCAUUCCCAUCGCCUACAAAAUGCAGCGAAGAUAUCACCUUGAAAAAUACAAAAGAUAACUCUUGCGUACCUUGUUCUACCAAUGACAAUACGUUAAAAAUUGACAAACCGACAAAUCAAGUUAGCACCGUAAAGGAUGUUGAAGACACUGUGCAAGAGAAAAUCCAAGAAAAUAGUUCUGAAAAUGAAAAUAGUAACAUCGCAAUGGUCUCCGAAGAAGUUGAAAAGUCCAACGAAGGUGUAGAGGCAGAUUGUAAGGACGAGAAACAUACGGAUACGGAACAAACGACCGAUCGUUUGGAAUCUCUAAUGACUGAUGCGAGUGAAGGAAAGGUGCUUGAAAAUGUAGAAAUAAGGAAAGAGAUUAAUAAGGAUAAUUUUAAUACGGACGACGAGCUUUCCAUGGAAGAAGAAGCGCGAGAAUUAAAAAAAGAAUCGAUCGAAAAGAAAACGUCCGUAAAGAUCGACGAAGAAUUAGAAGUUGGGAUAGUCGGUCCACCUACCGCGGUUAGUGAUCUGAUAAACGAGGAAGAACUGCAUGGAGAAUCUGCUUUAUCGGCAGAGGAAAAGGUUCAGGAUCACGUUGCGGAAUGGGUUCAAAAAUCUGUCGCUACGGAAGUUUUAAUUACCGGCGAAAUUGAAGAAGAAGAAAACGAAAUCCCAAGUAAUUGUCGACGAAGAAGAAGGAAUCUCAGAGAUAGGAGAAGUAGAAAGAGAGAAAACGAAGAUCUUCCUUCGGUGUCUACCAGAAAAUCCCAAAGGAUCGUCAGUAACAUCAUAAAACGAAGUAUUAAAUGUUUGAACAAGAUGCACGCGAUGGAAGGUUCCGGUGGAAACGGGAAGAAGGUGGAUGCUGCGGAGAAGACGAGAGAGGAGGAUUCGUCUAGAACGUCACCGAAAGUCCCUCAAAAUCAACAAAAUGGUGCAGCACUUCCGGAAGAAACCGCAGCAGCAUCAACGACGACCGCGGAUCGUCUUCGAUCGUCGUCGAUAAAGAAGGAACCUUUAUGCGACACGGAUUUAGAAACGGCGGGAAAAGCUUUGUCCUCGUCCGAUGGUUCGCAACAAAAGGAACGUGCACCUACGCGUUCUCUGAAAUCCGAGGUAGCUGAAAGUAGCAGAAAACGUAAAUCAACGGACGGACAGCUGUCCUCUAAUGGCAAUUCCGCACCGAAAAAGUUCUGCCUUGAACAAAGAGAACAAUAUAUAUCGUUUGUCGUUGGCUGUGAGAAACUUAGCGCCGAUGAACUCGCCGUAAGAGCUGACCAACUACGCGCUGAAGUUCAGGCCCUUGACGAGCUAGCCCGUGCCAAAGAAAUGGAAUGGAAUGAAAUCUUAAGUAUGAGAAAGCUUAAAGAAGAGGCGUACCUGAGAGUUGAAAGGAGGAGGCAAGUUUUAGGAUUCAUGGAAGGAAACAGGCAGCUGGGAGAAACCUUACCACCAGCGAGUUUAUCUUUGGGACCGGAAUGGGAAAGCAGCGAUAGCACGACGCCCGUGCCUAAAGAGAAAUGUUCUUUCGAAUCGAAGGAAGACGUUCCCGAAGAAACCUCUCAAGAUUUACCAGCUUAUAAGAAAGACAAGAGUUCAAAAGCGUCGUCACAUAGACAAGUAACACCACCUAAGCAAACCGGCGAGAAUGGACGAAAACAAACAGAAGCGAUGAGCCCUGAAAAUAGACAAAUUGGGGAAGGUCGCCAGGGCACAAUCGUUGAUGUUCGAUCCAUUAUCGCUGACUACAGACUUAGACAUCCGGAAAUGGUACCACGAAGGGGUCGGAGAAUGAGGAAUUCGGUAAACGUCGGUUUGGGUGCGGGCGGAGCUAUGGUCGAAACCGGGCACAAUGUAGACUCGCGACCAUCCAGUACAGAUUCCUGUAAAAGCAAUCCAAAUGCCACUGAUCCUAACAAUUCCAUGAGCUUCAAAGACGUGCUCGUUCAAUUUGCAAAGUUGAGCCAGCAACAGGGGGAACCGGUGAAAACGCCCCAGAAUUAUCCGGAUGUAACUUUGCAUCCUGUAGCGCCAUCAGCGACCCCGCAAACUACGCAAACUCAGUCGACUGGUUCAUUACUUCAUGGAAUUCUCACUAAAUCGCAAUCUCCUAGACCAACCACCUUUUCACCCACUUUAGCCAGGUUACUCACAGCUCCUGAAAGGGAAAGGAGCACUCCUACCGUUACGUCUAUACCACAGCAAAGUACUGCAACCCAACACCUUCUACAAGCGUAUCAAGGCUCUAAUCCAGUUUCCAUUAGUGAUCUCCUAUCUUCUUCCAAGGCAAGAACAGAAAUAACCAUUACGCCAGUUGUCAAUACAGCGGUGCAAUCUCAUUCUAAUAAUUUAAUUCAUGUGGAGGAUGUGGAGGAAGAAGCUGCUGUUAUAGAGGAUAGAGAAACCCGAAUUUCUUCCGGUGGAAGGGAUACCAGAGACGACAGGGAUAGUCCACCACGUUGUCAAGGUUGCCACGAACGUGCUGCACAGUUCGUGUGCGCUGGCUGUGGUAAUCAGUGGUAUUGCAGUCGCGAAUGUCAAGUCGCGGCAUGGGACGAACACUCCGAAGUGUGUUCUGGCUAAAACUGAAGCAUUAAAUAUUUCACUUGAGUAUUUAAAUACUUUUUGAAUAGACAGGUGAAACAACCUGUACAACUAAGAAUGAAUCUAGUCAAGAAACGAAGGUCAUGAGCUUGAUUCUUAACGAGCAAGAUAUGGAAGAAGUGUUAUAAGAACAUUGUAUAUUUUUAAGAGUGUUUAAGUAUGUUUAAUCUGUAAAAAUUGAACGAUGACAUUAAUUUCAAGACGGAAUGAUUGCCAAAUUUCCUGUGUCACGCUACAAGUUAUGAAUGUAGCAUAGAGAAAAGUCUUAAACGUGUUUAGAAGUAACAAAGAUCGAAAUGUAAAGGUCAUUGCUUUACUGUAACCGUUGCAUUGCCUUUAUUUGAUAUUGGGAUUACGAAAGUCGAUUUUUUAAGCAAACAUAAAACACUACUGUUCGAUCGAAACUUCAAGCAUUUAACAAUGUAUCACUAAAGAACUUACUCGCAUUCAACGGAACGAUCUACCUGUAACAUUACGUAUUCACUUAAAGUACUUUUUAUGAAAUCAAUUCUCCUUAAUAACCGUUAAAAUAUAUUUCAUUGAUACGGACGAUUUCAUUCGGUCCCUUCAAACUUGUAGUUUCAUAAUUUAUACCAACUUGCUGUUUACGCUAGUCCAGAGUUUUCAACAGUUUCAAGAAAUUCUAAUGAAAAACAGAAGAAUAUAUUUGUUUAUAAACGGAUCUAAGAGAGAGCACAAAAAUGUAGCUUACGAUACUGUAUAUAAUUUUAUACGAGUUACCAAGAGAUCGUUCAAGCUCGAAUUUUAAAGAUCAAUUAACCGUGUGCCAUGUGUCAAAUUCGUUUAACGUGGGCGGCUUUACAUGUUGGUACAAUUCAAUGUAUGGAUUAUAAUCGGAAAUGUUUUUAUAAUCUUAUUGCUUUCUUUACACCUUUUCUUUUUUUUUUUUUUUUUUUUUUUUUUAAUCCUGUAGAUUUACAUUAUAAGAAGACAAUUGCAUUUUAACUUGAAUGCAUAGAAACAAAUUUUUUUCUCGACCGUAUCUUUUAUUCGUUCUAAAAUAUACGUACGCGCGUAUCGCAGACACCGUAUUUUAUACCACAUUUGUUACCAUAUAAAGUUUAGAUUUAAUAGAUCUUUAGCUUUAGUAUAGAUUUAAGCCGUUGUUUUGUAACUACGUUGAAACGUAUUGAAAUGUUUUAAGUUGUUUUCUUUCUCUUCUUUUUUUCCUUCUGUUUCUUUUUUUCUUUUUUUCUUUUUUUUUUUUUUUUUUUUUUUUUAACUAGCAUGUUACCCGACAAUGAUGGUCCCAGACAAUGUAUAGCCCAAAGUUCCUACAGGUACACAACAUUAUAUAUAUUUUUCCCAAUUACAAAGCAAACCAAAAUAAAGUUUUUAAUCGUAAAAA